UCUUUAGUUGAAUUUAGUACGCCAUUUCGUGCGCAACGUGGUGGUUGAUGCCAUUUAAUUAUUCUUAGUUUUUAAGCAUAACACAAAAGCGAUUUUGUUCUAGUGAGCGGUCACUAAUUGCCAAACAUAUACGAAUGUGUUAGUGAAUAACGUUUAUAGAUUUUACACAACUUAGUACAAAUAUAUCAACACAAUGACAACCAGCGAUGUGCGAAAGAGAAAGCUGGCCAGCGAGGAUAAAGUGGCGCCGGCGAAUCGACGCAAAGGCAGCGGCGCCGGAAACGGAAAUGGACGUGGCGGUGUGACCAGCGGCCUAAAAGUAUCAUUUCUGUGUUUGAUUGUGUCCGUGGUCCUGCUGCUCUUUGUUUUUGGUGUGUAUCAAUUGUAUUUUGCUAAAACCCCGACGCCAAUUGUGCCGAAACUAACUAAAACCUCUGAUUUUCCCACUGUUACCGUCCCCUUUCAUGAAUCGCCGCAUCACGCAAAACCAAAUGCGCCACGUUCCACAACCAAACCGACGACACAUAAUCACAACAACAACCACCAUGCAGGCGCCGUGUCCGACAAUGCAAGCCCGUAUCUGGCGCGUCUGGCCUCCAAGCUGGGCUACAGCAAGGUUCAGUAUGCGGCCAUCAUAGACGCCGGCUCGACGGGCAGCCGCGUCCUGGCGUACAAGUUCAAUCGCAGCUUCAUUGACAACAAGCUGGUGCUGUAUGAGGAGCUGUUUAAGGAGCGCAAGCCCGGCCUUAGCUCGUUCGCCGAUAAUCCAGCCGAGGGCGCACACUCCAUUAAGCUGCUGCUGGACGAGGCGCGUGCCUUUAUACCCAAGGAGCAUUGGUCGUCCACGCCGCUGGUGCUGAAGGCGACGGCUGGCUUGCGGCUGCUGCCACAGAGCAAGGCAGAGAAUCUGCUGAAUGCGGUGCGCGAUUUGUUCGCCAAGUCCGAGUUUAGUGUGGACAUUGAUGCCGUCGAGAUUAUGAAUGGCACGGACGAGGGCAUCUUCAGCUGGUUCACCGUUAACUUUCUGCUGGGCCGUCUGUCCAAGACGAACCAGGCAGCUGCCCUGGACUUGGGCGGCGGCAGCACGCAGGUCACCUUCUCGCCCACAGAUCCCGAACAGGUGCCCGUCUACGACAAGUAUAUGCACGAGGUGGUCACCUCCAACAAGAAGAUAAAUGUGUUUACGCACAGCUAUCUGGGCCUGGGCCUAAUGGCCGCACGCCAUGCUGUCUUCACCAAGGGCUACAGCGCCGAGGAGACUGUGGUGGAGAGCGUCUGCGUCAAUCCCAUCAUUGCCAAUCGCACCUGGGUGUACGGCAAUGUCAAGUACCAGGUCAGCGGCAAGGAGAACAGCAAAUCCAGCGCCGAGCAGCCGGUCGUUGACUUUGACGCAUGCCUGGAGCUGGUCAAGAGCAAGGUAAUGCCAUUGGUCAAGCCAAAACCCUUCACGCUCAAACAGCAUGCAGUAGCCGCAUUUAGCUACUACUUUGAGCGCGCCAUCGAAUCGGGUCUGGUUGAUCCCACGGCCGGCGGCGAGACAACCGUGGAGGGCUAUCGCAAGAAGGCCCAGGAAAUCUGUGCCAUACCCAAUGAUGAGCAGCCAUUCAUGUGCUUCGAUUUGACCUUCAUCUCGGUGCUGCUGCGCGAAGGAUUCGGUCUUAACGACAGCAAGAAAGUAAAGCUUUACAAAAAGAUUGACGGCCAUGAAAUCUCUUGGGCAUUAGGAUGUGCCUACAAUGUGCUGACCAGCGAUGAGAAGUUCAAUAAUUCCUAGUUCUCCUUCUAUUAGUGUGUAGGCGAAUAUAUAUAGCUGAAAUUGUUUCUAGAGUGCCUUAGACGUGCAUCGAAGUAUACUACACACACACACACACACACACACACACACACACACACACUCGCACACACACACAUAGACAG